AUGUCGUCCUGGGCGGAAAGCAAGUCACAAAAUCGCAGUCUACAGAUUCUCCAAGCCGCGACUGAGGGCAAAUAUGGAGUUCUCUCCGUGGUUAUCUACAAUAUUGAGCAUCUCACUGCCAUUGUUCGCGCAGCAGAGGCCAAGAAAUCGCCUAUGUUGAUUCUCUUGUUCCCCCUUACUGUCAAGCAGCUCCCGACUCUCCCAUGGGCCGUCGCCGCUGCCAUCAAAUCAGCAAAGGUCCCACUUGCCCUGCACCUCGACCACGCCCAAGACGAACAGCAAAUCCGCGACAUCGCAGGAACGCUGCCAUUCGACUCAAUCAUGGUCGACAUGAGCCACUACGAUCAUGAGGAGAAUCUCGCCAAGACCAAGGUUUUGACAAGAGUCUGUCACGACCACAACAUUGCUGUCGAGGCGGAAAGUGGACGCAUCAACGGUGGAGAAGACGGCAUCGCAGACACCGGCGACUUGGAAGCUCUUUUCACGAGCCCUGAAGAGGUCGAAGAUUUCAUCGAUGCCGAGAUUGAUCUCUUGGCACCCAGCAUCGGCAACAUUCACGGAGACUACGGCCCCAAGGGCCCUCAACUCGAUUACCAGCGAUUGACAAAUGUCAAUAAGCAAAUCAACAACCGAGUCCUCAUGGCUUUGCAUGGCACCAAUGACUUCAGCCCAGAGAUUAUGAGAAAAUGCAUCGACAACGGCGCCAUCAAGUUGAAUGUCAAUAAGCUGCUUCUGGAGGUUUGGAACGUACAUCUGAGAGAGAACGCCAACAAGCCACUGACGCAAUUGAUGGAGGACGGGAUGAACAUCUUGCAGAAGGAGACGGAGAGGUGGAUCGAUAUUUGCGGCAGCGCUGGGAAGGCGUGA